AAUUGUACGAGCUUUGAGUUACCAAGAUGAUGGCAGUUUGGGUCGGAGACAAUCCAGGUCACGCGAUCUGAGCAUUUCAGGAGAAGGCGUUACGCGUUCAAUUUAUUUCCUCCUUUAAUCCUGACCAUGGACCCUUCUUUACGCAUUGUUCCUGCCAGCGUACCAAAGACUGCAUCUGUUGCAGAAACAUCUAACAGUCUCGGCCUUCACGAUACUCUACAGUAUGGACCGCGUACAAUUGCCACAGAAAUGAAGACAGAGGGUAGUUUGAAGGAUAGGCUAUAUAACGAAACACAAGAUAAUCUAAAGCUUACGAUGAUGCGUAAUACAUAUGGUCUUCAUGCCCCCAUGAGAUUGCUGAUGGAGAGAAGGAUCGUCAGUGCAAACCCGCACAUGACAUUGCUGCCUCAAACCAACCUUCAGUUAGAUAUUCUUAUGGGUCGUGAUGAAUCUGUAGAAGCUGCAGACGUCUUUGCAGGUCCAUUGAGCGGACCACCGCUUGAUAUUCGUCAGGACAUGGAGAAGAAGCAUCGAAUCUAAAUCAGAUAUCCCCCUCACAGGACUUACUCCAGGUGGCCCAUCGCCUAGAUGGUCUCCUUCCGUAACUCUAGAGCACUCAGUAGUAAAUGCUGCUCAUAGUCUUAUGUAGUGCUUAUCGUGAUUUAGAAAUUGUAAAUUCAUCAGACAUCAAUAUUAUGCAACUAUGGACGAAAAGCAUG